AUGGCGGGAGCCGAAGACUUUGUUUGGCCAGGGGCAGAUACCCAAGAUGCCGAGCCCAGCGCCCCCAGUACUUCAGCGGGCACGCCAGCACCUUUGACGGCCCCAGGGGUGGUGCCGCCCCUGAUGCCUGGCAUGAUGAUGCCUGGGAUGCUGCCGGGGAUGGCGAUGCCAGGCAUGAUGCCCGGAAUGAUGCCAGGUGCCAACCCGCUGAUGAUGGCAUCCAUGAUGAACCCAAUGAUGGCCAUGAUGCUGGGCGGUGUUGGGGGUGCUGCAGGCAUGGCUGCCGCAGGGGAGCCCAAGGCGGAAGAGCCAAGCAAAGUGGAGACGCCCAUAGACAAUCGAGUCAGGGAACUUUGUCGUGACUACGGCAUCGAGGACCGGCUCAUGCGGAAACUAAACGACGUCAUGAUGCGGCGGCCGGACACCUUCGAGGAAGACUUGGUUACUGUCCGCUCGCGGCUCUCCAAGGAGCGCCCAGACAUUGGCGUCCUUAUAACCCAGCUGGACCGCGGCAUUUUCGUCACAAGGAGUAACAUCCAUCCGGACAUGAUGGCGGUGGUAAACAAGUACAAGCUUGAUGAUCGGGCAACUCAGCGUUUGGUAGAAAGCAUGAGGAAAAGGAAAAAGACGAUGCAGGAGGACUUGAAGGCUAUCGAUGUUCGCUUGGCGAGUGCUGAAAGACCUUCUGGAUUGCUCAUGACACUGCUCCAGGGCCUGGAUACGACUGGAAAGCUUCCAGUGGCUCCAAAGUCGCUGGGGCUGCCAGGCAGCUACGGUGCGGAGCGAGAGGAGAAGGAAAAGGAGCGACCAAAGGAAAGGGACCGGGACCGAGGGGACCGAGGAAGAGACAGGGAACGAGACCGUGACAAGAAGCGCUCCCGGUCCAGGUCUAGAGGAAGAAGAAAAUGA